AUGGGGCCCCCGGGCAAUAGGGGAACAUGGGGCCCCUGUGUCCUCACCUACACUCAAACCAUACCCAAAAAAGCCUAUGAAAGGUACCAGGGGCAUCUCAUGGGGCCCCCUACUGACCCCGGGCCCUCGGGCAGUGCCCGCAUUUUCAAAUGGUCAGUCCGCCCCUGAUAGAGAGUCAGCAACAUAACAUCAUAAGGUGUCAGUAUGGCUUUUGUUUACGGAGCAACACUUGGUUUCACCAGCAGACCUUCAUCAUAGACUCUUUUAUUAUAGGAAGUUUAGUAGUAGAGGAUAGAUCCUUAUAAAAGU